AUGGGCGCGCUGGGCCAGCUCCUGCUGUGGCUGCAGCUCUGGGCGCUGACCCGGGCUGCCUACAAAUUCUGGGUCCCCAACACUGACUUCGACGACCCCACCAACUGGAGCCAGAACCGGACCCCGUGUGCCGGCGCCACCGUCGAGUUCCCGGCCGACAAGGUGGCGUCCGUCCUGGUGCGAGCGAGUCACCGUGUCUCGGAGCUGCUCCUGCCGCUGGACGGGGAGCUCAUCCUGGUCUCUGGAGCGGGAUUCAGCACCCCAAGCACCACCUCAGACCCGGACUGCAUGGCAGGCUCCCGCGCGAUCUUCAGCGACCCCGACCGCUUUUCGUGGUACGACCCACGCCUGUGGCGCUCAGGGAACGCGACCCGCGGCCUCUUUUGCGUGGACGCCGAGCGCGUGCCCUGCCGCCACGACGACGUAGUCUUUCCGCUGGAUUCCUCCUUCCGCGUGGGUUUGGGCCCGGGAGCCCGAAGCGUGCGCAGCGUGUCGGCUCUGGGUCAGACGUUCCUGCGCGACGACGACCUGGCCGCCUUCCUGACGUCCCGCGCCGGCCGCCUUCGCUUCCACGGGCCGGGCACGCUGCAUGUGGUCCCCGAGGCCUGUGCCGACCCGUCGGGCUGCGCCUGCGGCAACGACGAGGUGCAGCCGCUGGUGUGCUCGGCGCUGCUACAGCCCCUGGGCGGCCGCUGCCCCCCAGCCCCCCACGGCCCGCGGGAAGGCGCUGGGACCGCCAGCCACAGCUACUUCGUCAACCCGCUGUUCGCCGGCGACGAGGCGGAGGCCUGA